GCUUAAUGAAAUCUGAAAGUUUUGACCUCAGUAUGUGGCAUCACAGUAAAUACAGAAAUCCAUGUGUCUAGGUAAAGACAACCAAUCAUUUAACCGAAACCAUCUCAUUCAGGUCACAGCUGAGAGUAGCUCAUUGUAACUUCCUCACCCAAUUACUUGAUGGACUAUUAAUCACAGAUGUAUGGACAGCCUGAAUGGACAGCCACUCAUUUGAAACACUGACAGGAUGCAGCGGUGAAUAAAGGUUUAAGAUUGCUUAUGUAAUGACUGGAUGGGUACAAGCGUUGCCAUAGGGGAGAGGGAGAGGUUGUGAGACUGGCAAGGCCUUUGAGUUACGCAAUGAUUUCAUUUAAUGGCUCCCCGGGGAUACAUCGGGCCAUGCUGGCGCUCAGCAUGAUAUGUAUUAUUUAAACGUUGACCUUUUUAUUAAUUACCGGCUUAUUCUGUCCUACUUCUCAAAUCAGCUUUAAUGCGGACGCUCUGAGGCGCACAGAUGGAGCAGGUCUGUGACAUUAUUUCAACUUUUUCAUUACAUGAAUGACAAUCAGCGUCUACCUUAAGCAGUGAAGCAGCCUGGAUGCAGCCAGCCUCAAAUUAAUCAGCACUAAUUAACAGGUGUCACGUGACCCCUUCACGUUGUCAAAGAAAAGACUGGAUAUUUCUAGAGCCCAAACCACAUCAGCGAAAAAACAUCAACACCAUAAGGAGAUGAAUUAUCAAAGUGCGAAACGUUAUUGGAUUUCUUUAGUUUUUGCCUUCAUGGCUCAGCACUGUUGGUGUUUCUCAGCCGUCCAGGUGAAGGAAACACCUGAGCAGAGACCACAGCUCGCCCUGCCGAGAGUCUCCUGUUCUGCCCGAGGAAUAAAAGCUGUGUUUGGUCCGUCAGUUAAAAAUAACCUACACGUCAGAGAUUUGACAGGAGCUACAGUCCCAGUACCUCAAUCUGACGGGUCCUGUGGUGUGAGGAUGGGCAGGGAGAAAAACAAGAGUCUCUCCUUCUACAGCAGAUAUGACAGCUGCUAUGCACAGAUUGAGGGCAGCAAAGUGGUCAUACCUCUGCAGGUCCAGCUGAAAAUAGAGGAUCAAUGGUUCAGGGUGAAUAUCAGCUGUCCUCUGAUAAAGAGAUACAGUGAGAGGACUCGACUUAUCCCAACACCGUUACCUGGAAACUGUGACACAGACAGAGCUCUGCGAGUGGAUUGUGGGCAUCAAACCAUUUCAAGUGAUGCCUGCUACAAACUAGGCUGCUGCUAUGAUGCUCAUGAUUUCAUCUGCUACUACAGACUUAAUGCCUGCUCUCUGGACGGACAUUUUGUGUUCUCGGUGAAGGCUACAGACACAGACCCGCCUGUCACUCCCAGCAGUCUCAUAAUCAAGGAUCAGCCACAGUGUUUCCCUGUGGUCUCCACCCGAGACACAGCUGUCUUCAAGAUAGGAGUCAUGGACUGUGGUGCAAAGAUGAAGGUAGAUGGAGAUGUUUUGACCUAUGAAGUAGAAGUGGAGGAGCAGCACACCGAAAGUAUCACUAAACAUUCUCCAUUUAGUCUCCAGGUCCUGUGUGAAUACACUUCAUCAGAUCUAAAGCGUGCCGCAGACUUGCGAUCCUUGCACGCAGUGACAAACCCACCACCUGUGGCUGCACUGGGAACCAUCAGAGUACAGAUGAGAAUAGCCACAGAUGCAUCUUUCACAUCAUUCUUCCAUGAAGAGCAGCUCCCACUGACCUUGCCCCUGCGUACAGCUGCGUAUGUGGAGGUUUCCAUCGCCCAGCCAUCCCCAGACCCCAUACUGUCCCUGCGUGUACGGGACUGUUUUGCCUACCCUGCGUCCAGACACUCUGUGUGGACGCUUCUCUAUGACGGAUGCCCAAACCCUUUGGAUAACAUGAGAAGCUCUGCUCCUGUGGACAACCAGGGGAAGACUACCUCCCACUCCCAAGUGAGGAGGUUUGAUGUCAAGACCUUCGCCUUCUUGGACCCUCACACAGGCCAUCCAAGUGUAGAGGAAAUGUACUUCUACUGUUGGGUGGAAAUCUGCACCGAUAAUGUUGACUGUACACAGAGUUGUGCCAUCAUUUCAUCUGAAGGUGAGAGACAGAGAAGAGGGACCAUGUCUGAGUCCAACCAGGUCCAGUUGGUGUCCUUAGGGCCCCUGCUGCUGGGACAGAACAACACUGAACUGGAAGACAAUCCAUGUGUGAAGCAGAGCACAAUGUUUCAGGUGACAGUGUACACCCUCUCUGGUGUCGGUGCUGCCCUGCUGCUGAUCCUGCUGUUCACUGUGUGGUCAAAUAUCACCAAAGUGUCACAAGACAGAAACAGAGACAUGCGAUGCACAGGCUGACAGAGAACAAUGUCAAUAAAUAAUUUCCUCUUCUCUAA